CAAGUCCUACUCUUUGGCUCCACUUUUCUUCAAAAUUGUAUUUUGAAGACGACUAACAGUGGAACGUUUUCUGGGAGUGGCUGCCUAUGACUUACACUCUGGCCAAAUGGGGGACCAGCCAAAGCAGGAAGAGACAACGUCUGCAGCUGAAGGGAGCAGAGGCAGUGGACAGCACUCAGUGACAGGGAUCCCAUCCCUUUCCUUGCUAGCCCAGCAAUGAUGAUGACCCUGGGAGCCCGCGUGCUGCUGUGCAUCCUAGCUCUUUCUGUGCCCCCAGGUGACUGGUUUCCACAAGUAGUCAAUGGACAAGAUACAGAACCAACACUCCCAACAGUCAAGGCAGAUGAGCAAGGACCCUCCACUGCAAGAUCUACUGGGUUGUAUCCAGGAUCUCCGACAGUUAGUCCUGCUAACUUUGAGACCCCAACAAAGCCGCAAGUUCUGGCUGACACUGACAGUGUGACAGGGGUACAAGAAUGCCGGGAGGAGCAGUUUCCAUGCACACGCCUGUACUCUGUUCACAAGCCUGUGAAACAAUGUAUCAGUUACCUGUGUGUGACCAGCAUGCGGCGCAUAUACAUGAUCAACAAGGAAGUGUGCUCUCGCAUCAUCUGCAAGGAGAAUGAAGUCAUGCAAGAGGAGCUUUGCCGCCAGCUGGCUGGUCUCCCACCUCGACGCCUACGCCGUUCCGGCCGGCCCCUGGGCCCUCCCUGUCACCUGCCCCAGGACCAGCAACUGCGGAAGCUCAAUGCUGUUUGAGCCAUCACUGCUGGGGGAGAGAGGAGGGUAGGGAGGAAGGAAGAGAUGCCAUUGCCCCACCCAGACCAUCCACUGCAUACCCCCAAAAGGAGCUCCCUGGCCUGCUGCAACGGCAGCCCCCACCCUCCUCUCCAGGUGCUGCCACAUGGAGUCUCCUCCCUGCUGGCCACUGGUGGUGGCUGCCAUCACUUCUCAGGUCAGAUGUGGAGAGAGCUGGAUCCUCACACCUCUCAUUCCACGCUUGAU